AUCUUGAAUGAAUACGGGCCACCGAGCUUCGACCCCUCAACUCAAGAGACCUCACCCAAGGUAACAAACUGCGCCUGAGAAACAUCUUUUGAUUUCCUUGUAUACCUGACCUGUUUGGUUGUUUCCUUGACGAAGCAUAUCCAGACUCGCAUCAACGUUGUCGAUCCACCAGACUACCACAGUACCACACGUAUAGGCGGAAGCUCUCCCUACUAAUCAUGUCUUCUUCAUCCUGGCAAGACCGUCGCUUCAUGUUCCCUACUGGACGACAGGUCCACGAAGGAAGCACCAACUUUGUUCCCCCACCUCCCACCGAUGCAGCUGUGGGCAUUGUCCCUGCUGCCACUACCGCGGGGGCCGCAGGAGGCACGACAAGUGGCAGCCCCCUGGCCGCUGGCAAGGUUCUACCCUCGUGGGAAGGCGAUCGCCGCUUCAUGUUUCCAUCCCCCAGGGAGAUCCAUCAGCCGGGCCGUCGGCCAUCGGGCUCCAGUGGCAGUGAUAAAUCGACGGCCAGCUCAUCGGGCAAGGCAGCUUCGCCUCCUCCACCCACGGCCGCGACACCCUCUAAUCCAAUUGCUUCUGCCAUUGCUGGCCGAAGAAGGUCUUCGGCCGCCUCCCAAGGUGGAAUGUUCGGCGGUCUCAUGGCUCGACGUGCGAGUGAUGAAAACACCGAUCGACGCCAGAGCUGGGAUGACAUCAAGAACAACCAAGGGGGGGGAUUUCUGAGUAACAUCUUGGGCAAGCCGGCCGACAAGAAGUGA